CCCCAAGAUUGUUGCCUCUUUGUUUAUACCCAAGAAUUAUUGUACAUAUACACACAUAAGAGCUUCGCUGCCAUUUUGCACCUCCAUACCAUCAAACCAGCCUCUGCAAUGGACACCAAGACAGGGAGCAGCUCCUCCACCGACGCGACGAUGCCACCCUCCGAAUUCACGCUCUUCCCCCAACUACCCCUCGAACUCCGCCUCAAAGUCUGGGGAUUCGCCCUCACGGAACCUCGAAUCGUAAAGAUAUCCUGCAAAAAAGGCUUCACCGACAUUGGACGCCGCAUCACCGAAUACUUCAUCUGCCACAAUCCCACGCACCCGAUUCUACACGUCAACCAAGAAGCGCGAUUUGAAGGCCUCACGACCUAUUCCUACGUCCCAUUCUUCCAGACCACGAGCUCGGAUCGCUAUACAUACAUUAAUUUCGAUUACGACAUCAUCCGCUGCCCAGCGUCGGUCUUAGAGUACCUUGGGCCGGCAGAAAUCAAGGCGAUGCGGAAGAUGGUGCUGGAAGUGGGGGACGCAGCAUAUUUUGGGCACUUUCAUAUGGAUACCAUUGUGCGAAUGAAGAAUUUGGAGGAAUUGGAAUUGCUGUCGGAGCACGGUUUGGUUUAUGGUUGGGAUAAGAAUCGAGAUGUGCUGGUCGAGAGAUUGACGAACGAUUUUCAGGGCGCGAGGUUUGAGGAUCCGGGGUGGAGGUGUCCGAGGGUGAGCAUUGUGAAUAUCAAGACCGGUGGGGUUGCGGGUGUUAUUGAGGGGGGUCCUUUGCUAGAGGGUUGGAAGAUUGGGGACGAUUAUCCUGAGGAUUUGGUCUGAUCCUCGAAUAUCGGAACAUUUCCUUCUCAUCAUUUUUUGAGUCUCGAUUGGGCCUUUUCAUUAUGAUACCGAUGAGGGGUAGAUGGCGCUAACGAUUUGCCCUUCUACGUACUCGAAAUUCAUAAUCCUUCGGAGAAGAUUUGUGAUGGAGUACUCAACAUUGUGUACAGGCUCAUUCCUUUUACAUAGAAGUUCUUCUUGCUUAUAGAUUAAGAAGGUAAAUGGGUUGUCAUGCAGAGUUUUGCAGAUUGUCAUUUCUAGGAAAUCGAGCAAGCACUUGCCGAACCAUAGACUAUAAUUUGUUGGAAUCACGAUUCCCUUAUCCAUUGUCAAGCAAAGCAGUGUAACAUUCGCAGGUUUCUGUACAUAGGAUCUGGUGACUGGAUUACUGUUCUUUCAGUCCUCUCUUGCUGAAUUCAGAUAUCGCUC